AUGGCUGUAGUUGGUGAUGGAUUCAUCGCACAAGGUAUCACUUUCCGCAACACUGCUGGUGCAGCAAAUCACCAAGCUGUUGCCUUGCGCUCUGGCUCUGAUCUCUCGGUGUUUUAUAAAUGUGGUUUUGAGGGUUAUCAAGACACUCUCUAUGUUCAUUCGGAGCGCCAAUUCUACAGAGAGUGUGACAUCUAUGGUACCGUCGACUUCAUCUUUGGGAAUGCGGCUGUUGUUUUCCAGAAUUGCAAUAUCUACCCCCGAAACCCUCCCAACAAAACUAAUACUAUCACCGCACAAGGCCGAACCGACCCGAACCAGAACACCGGCAUCUCUAUCCACAAUUGCAAAGUCACCGCAGCUUCAGACCUAAAAUCGGUUCAAAGCUCCGUUAAGACAUACCUCGGUAGGCCGUGGAAAGAAUAUUCCAGGACGGUUUUCAUGAAGACUUAUCUUGAUAGCUUGGUUAACUCUGCUGGUUGGAUGGAGUGGGAUGGUAACUUUGCCCUCAACACUCUGUACUAUGGAGAGUAUCUGAACACAGGUCCGGGGUCAUCGACUGCUAAUAGGGUCACAUGGAAAGGUUACCAUGUCAUCAAAAGCGCGACCGAGGCUUCUAAGUUCACCGUUGGGAGCUUCAUUGCCGGCGGCUCUUGGUUGCCCGCCACCAGCGUGCCGUACACAUCCGGCCUUUAA